AUGAACGAGAAUGAAAUGACUAUGAACGAAGAGGAGGAGGAGGAGGAGGAGGAGGAGGAGGAGGAGGAGGAGGAGGAGGAGGAGGAGGAGGGGGAUGAGGAGGAGGAGCAGGGUGACGAGGAGGAGGAGGAGGAGGAGGAGGAGGAGGAGGAGGAGGAGGAGGAGGAGGAGGAGGAGGAGGAGGAGGAGGAGGAGGAGGCAUCAGAGAAGGAGGAGGAGGAGGAGGAGGAGGAGGAGGAGGAGGAGGAGGAGGAGGAUGUGGCGCCAGGGAAGAGACGGGGCGGGCGUGGCGGUCGGGUGAGUGGGACAGGGAAGGAGGGGGGCCGGACUCGCCCUUCCCGAAAACGCGGGGCAGGUGACGCUGCGCGCGGCGAAGCAGCGGGCAAACCGAAGGCGCGUAAGGUGAAGGUCGAAAGUGAAGGGGUUGGUAAAAAGCAAGGGAGCCAGGGUGCAAAAGGGGAUGGAGGAGGAAAGGGUGGCCGCGCCAAAGGGGUUCGAGUGGGUACCGGCAAGAAGGAACCUGCCGGCAUUGGGCCGCCCUUAAGCGUGCAACGAAUGCAUCUAACGAAGGCUGCCGGAAUAGCGAGUGUUACACCGCUCUCGUCCGGCGCACCAAGGUUCUACACGCCAUGGGCCGGCCCCAGCAAAGUCGCUGCGACGGCACCCGGCGCGCCAAGAGGAGGGGAAUCCGAAUCCCCUCCACCCGUCCCCGUCACGCACUCCUCACUCGCCUCACCCUCGUACCCAUUUCGGCAACUCCACGCUUCUCCUGUCCGGGGCAGGGCGGUCUCCCCCAUCGCCGGUCCUUCGCGCGGGCAUCAGGCAGGCACUUAUGCCAAUCCCUUCCCUGAGCUCCCCUUUUCCCGCCAGCGUGAUAGUGUGAGGGCACACGGGACUGCUGCAGAAGACGUUGAUACCCUUGGCCAGAGGGGGGAUUCUUCACACCCUUUUCCUCCGCUCAUAGGUGAAAGUGACGAGCACGAGCAGUUUGUUACACGGGAGGAGUUCCAGGCGCUGCGGUCUGAGAUGUACGCCAUGUUUGCACAGCUCGGCCUGCGUCGUGGAGUACCUGCCAGCUAUGCCGGCGGGUCGGCAGCCCUGCCUAUGGCUGGUACCCCGCCGCCGAUGAGCGCCGUGGACAAGGCACGAGUGCUAGUGUUGCAGGAGACAAACCCAUUCCCGGUAUGUGGCGGGCCAAAUGGGGCGGGUUGGGGUUGA